AUGGACUCCAAGCACUCCGUUGCCUUCGCCGGAGCCGGCAACCACGUCCCUCAGUAUCCUGAGAACCAGCUUCCCGGCAUGGUGUCCAACGUCGACUCCUUGACCGGUGCCAUGAGCUCGUUCCAGGGAAUGUCUCUGGGCCAUAGCAUGGGUCACAAUGGCACCGGCAUGGGCCAGAUGAGCGCCCAUACGUACAUGGUUCCUCAGGAUUACAUCCUCGCUCCCCAUCUGCCCGGUGCCGCUAUGGGCAUGGACCAGCUCUCUCAAGGUCCCUAUGGCCCCGCCGCCGGCGGCUAUCUGGCUGCCCCUGGACAGUUCAAUCCUUACGUCCCCUAUGGCAUGAUGCCGUUCACCCCUGGUCGUGCAGUCAGCGGCAACGCGGUCCUCCAGGAUCGUACGAACCGCAACCACAACGACGUUCCUGGUCUUGAGAACCGCCGUCACAGCGGUGGUUCUUACAGCACCACAGAGUCAGCUCCCACGACUCCAUUCUACAACGGUGCCAAGAAUGACAAGGGCCCUCGCGUCGCUGCUCUCGAUCGUUCUACUUACACCACUCCAUCUCCCCAACAGAUCGUUGGUCCCAACAUGUUCGUUGAACCUGCUGCCAAGCACGGCGUCAUCAGCAUUCCGGUUGACCGCAACCUGGAGGAGAUGCUCAAGCAAGAGCCUCCUAUCCCCAAGGCUGUCCCCGCCGUCUUCACUCCUGCUGCUCAGAUGAAGACUCUGGACCAGAGCCUGGAGAACCGCAUCCCCGGCAACCGCAAUGUCUACAUUCGUGGUCUUCACCCCACCACUGAUGACGAGCUCCUGUACCGCUUCGCAUCUCGUUUCGGUGAGGUCGAGACUUCCAAGGCCAUCAUCGAUACCGCCACUGGUGCUUGCAAGGGCUUUGGCUUCGCCAAGUUCUUUGACGUUCGCGACUCGGAGAUGUGCAUUCGGGGCUUCCAUCGUCUGGGAUACGAGGUCGGCUUCGCUCGUGAGUCUUUCAACUCUCGUCUCAAGGCGGAGGGCGACGAGGGAUCUACCAACUUGUACAUCUCGAACCUCCCCAAGAGUCUUACCGAGAACGACCUCGGCGACAUUUUCAGGGGCUACCAUAUCAUGUCCUCCAAAAUCCUUCGUGACAGCAUGGGCAACAGCCGUGGCGUUGGCUUCGCUCGCUUCGAGUCUAGAGACGUCUGCGACGCUGUCAUCAAGCAGUUCAACGGCAUCCCCAUCGGCGAAGAGGGAAUGGUCAUGAACAUCCGCUAUGCCGAUACUCCUGGUCAGAAGGAGUUGAAGCGUGUCACUGCCGAACGUCGCCAGUUCCGAACCAACGAGUACAACAUUGGUGCCUACGGCACUCCUCUUGUUGGCAUCCAGCCCAACAUGUACAACCAGCCAGCUUGGAAGCGUGCCUUGCAUGCAACCGCCCACACCGCAUAUGCGCCUCGCUCUUUGACUGGCGGUUUGGAUCGCAUGGGCAAGGGCGUCAAGUCUGAGGGCUACCAGGCGGGCAACACUGUUCAGGGAAAACCCCAAUCGGCCGUUGAGGUCUCCGUCGAGGCCAGCAAUGCCGACGAUAGCGACGAGGGCGUGACAAUCCAUGCUGACGCGACCACACCGGUCAUUGUCAGCACCCAGUCUUCGCCCGUUGUGAAGAAGGAGAGAAAGGAGCAAAAGGAGCAGAAGUGA